UAUGCAACGUUCUCUUUCUAUUCCUGUAUGUACCACUUUCUCAGUUCGGUCAUGCAUUUUAUCUUUAUAUGCAUCUCUAUGGGCUGCAACAGUGGCAGUGGUAAAGGACUUUUGUGGUAGAGGUCGCGAUUAAACACUUACUCAUAGGUAUAUCCGAGCCAACGACGAAAUAUCUCGUUUGUUAAUUGUGAUCAAAAUAACGCUAGAGAAAGACAGUUAUUCUCGUAAGCAGUAGCUUAUAGAUGCAUAUAUGAAUGCACGAGUGAACAAAGAUAAUAGAAUAGAGGAAGAAAGAAAGUGAAUUUGUGGACAGUAGAAGGAAUGCGACGAAAUCAGCCAUUAUUCGUUCAGGCUGUUGAUUUAUACAAAAAUACACCUAAAAUGUUUGAGCCGACAGAGCAGGGAAAGGAUUUAUGCAUUCAUACGGGAGUUGUACUACGAAGUGCAAACACAAGGGAAGAUGAGGUUCACAGUCUAGGCACAUUAAAUAUCGUUGAAUAUAGUUUUGGCAAAUGUAUAGAAUGGAAACCCAUAGAAGACUCUGUAGUAUCAGAGAAUCAAGAUCAAGACCCAGAAUGGUCUUUGGUAGAUACUCAUAUCAGACGUACGCGUACUUCAUCGGAAGGACCAGAUUCUCUUGGACGUACAAGGACUGUUAGAAUUUUGUUCUCAGAUUUAAACUCCUUUCGUGUAAAUCAUGGGGGGCAGCAACUUAUAUUUAUGCAAAAGGAUGGUACUACCCAUGUUGCCUUCUUCCAGCUAUCUAACGCUGAAAGUUUUGUAAAUUCUCUAAAAGGAUUUAUUAAAUUUGUAAAGUCUCGUACAAACAGAAAUUUAUACAUUGUAGUAGAUGAGGUCCAAUCAGUACUAAGUAAAUCAUUUGCUGAAUUGGACUUAUUUCAAGAGAACACUUCAGAUUAUGUUUGGAAAUUUGUAAAAAAUUUACAUAACCGUCCAUAUGAAACAACAUUGGAAGCAUUUAGUAAACUGGCAGAUAUCUGCUUAUACAAAGACCCUGCUAAACGUCCAGUCGAAGAAGCAGUUGCGGAUAUAUUAAAUAAUUCUUUUACAAUUGAUGUUCCUCCUCUACCAUCGAUAGGUUCUGGGGAGGAAUAUGAAAUGAUUGGGGAACAUGAAUUGGGUGUAGUAUUACCCCCAAGACCACCUUGUCCAAGAGGUACUCCACUGUCACAAGAGCAGUGGAACAAAUAUAAGGAUCCAGAAGAAAGAAUUUUAAAUCCACAAGAAGUGAAAGAAAUUAUUUUUCAUGGGGGUAUUGUACCAUCAUUACGUUUCGAAGUGUGGAAAUUUUUAUUAAAUUAUUAUCCAUGGAAUUCUACGCAUAUUGAAAGAUUAGAACUUAAAAAAAAGAAGACUGAUGAAUACUUCACGAUGAAGUUACAAUGGAAGUCGAUGACGCCUGUUCAAGAGAAUAAUUUCUCUGAUUAUCGAGAUCGAAAGAGUUUGAUAGAAAAGGAUGUGAAUAGAACAGAUAGAACGCAUCCGUACUACUCGGGUGAUAACAAUCCUCAUUUAGCACAAUUAUAUGAUAUUCUUAUGACCUAUGUAAUGUACAAUUUUGAUUUGGGAUACGUUCAAGGUAUGAGCGAUCUUCUGAGUCCUAUUUUAUGUUUAAUGGAAAGUGAGGUUGAUGCGUUUUGGUGCUUUGUUGGUUUUAUGAACAAAGUGAGUACCAAUUUUGAAAUAGACCAAGUUGGGAUGAAGGCCCAAUUGUGCCAAUUAUAUACUCUUCUGAGUACUACAGAUCCACAAUUAGCACAUUACUUGAACAAGCAUGAUUCAGGAAAUAUGUUCUUUUGCUUUCGUUGGCUUUUGGUACUAUUUAAAAGAGAAUUCAACGCGGUUGAUAUAAUGAGAUUAUGGGAAGUAUUAUGGACUGACUUACCAUGUAAGAAUUUCCAUCUCCUUUUAUGUGCAGCUAUUUUAGAUACAGAAAGAAAUGUGCUUAUGGAAAAUCGUUAUGGGCUUACAGAAAUAUUGAAGCACAUAAAUGAUCUUUCACACCAUAUUGAAUUGCCUUGGACAUUAUCUAAAGCGGAGGGUAUCUAUUGUCAAUUAAUGUCAGUUGCGGACCAGUUGCCUGAUAAUGUUCGCGUAAUAAUUGGACUUGAACCUAUGAAUAAAACGUCACCAAUAAGUGAAAUAGAAAAUUGUGAAGCUUCUGGUCAUAAUCUCGUAAUUGAUGGAGCUGAUAGUAAUCCAAGGAGAGAUAGCACAGAAAACGGCGAUAUUAAUUUUGAAGAUAAUGAAGUUUCGUUCGAACGCGGAUUAAAUUUAUCGUACAUGUGAGAACAGGAUCGUUCGUUCAUCAUUAUCUGAAGAGUGUUGUGCAUCAAUGUGUUGUUCAUUACACAGUCAAUUUUGUAUCAUUUAUUACUUUUAAGGAACAACAUUUGUAGUCACACUCUUCAAGAUGAACGUAUAUGCAUUGUUUGUUCAAACGGUGCAGCGAUGCCUUUUCGGCAUUCAACGAACUUUAUCUUGCGCAAAUGAUUUCGUAUUUUCUUUAUGAGACGAACCAUUUCGACCGAAACGUGAUACUACAAUCCACAUUUUGAUCAUUAAAGUUAGAACUCUGCACAUGUCAAACAUGACCUCCAAUUUACAAAGUUAUACUGAAAAUAAUUGUUAGUAGCGUUGAAUUUUGAGAUAUUUAUAAAAUUCACAGUGAGUACAUAAAUAUUAGUUACCUAUUAAAUAGAAGGUAGUUUCGUACAACCACAUAUUCUGUAUCUUACUGAUGCUUUUGAUGCAUAUGAAUUUGGAACAGAGAACAGAAAGGAUUUACAGUGUAUUUUGACUGUAGUCAGUGUUAGUGCUUGUAUCAUCUUCAUUUGAGUUUAAACGUCUUUCUUAAACCUGUAUAAAGGCUUACAACUGUACUGUACAUUUCUAAUAAAAGUCACCUGUUUCAUCUUCGA